GGAGUGGAACCGAAGUCACUGGUGCACCUGCAACCCAACAUUUCCGCUAUACCCAGAGAAAUGAAAGGCCUGAAAACUGAUCUGGAUCUUCAGCAGUACAGUUUCAUCAAUCAGAUGUGUUAUGAGAAGGCUCUUCACUGGAAUGUUCACCCUCACAGAAGUAGCCGCCCUGAACGACAUCCAGCCAACUUAUCGAAUCCUGAAACCAUGGUGGGAUGUCUUCAUGGAUUAUCUCGGCAUUGUCAUGCUGAUGUUGGCCAUAUUUUCAGGAACCAUGCAGUUAACCAAAGACCAAGUGGUCUGUCUUCCCAUCAUGGAACCAUCUCCGGAGGAGGCUGGGGGCUUCUUGGGCCCCCAACCACCAGAGACAGCUGAUGGUUUCUGGAACAAAGAAAGUGCCAUUGGGGAGCAAGCUGCUCCCCUAAUGGCUAAAAGGCCUCCUGAUAGCAUUGCACCUACAAUUCCCUCGGCACAGCCAUCUCCAUUUGGGCAGCCCAAACCUACAGGUGUCAGAACCAAGCUGGAUUUUCAGCAGUAUGUUUUCGUAAACCAGAUGUGCUACCAUGUUGCCCUUCCUUGGUAUUCCAAGUAUUUCCCCUACCUCGCUCUAAUCCACACUAUUGUUUUAAUGGUCAGCAGCAACUUCUGGUUCAAGUACCCAAAGACAAGCUCCAAAAUAGAACAUUUUGUGUCCAUCCUUGGAAAAUGUUUUGAAUCACCAUGGACUACUAAAGCCCUGUCCGAGACCGCUUGUGAGGACUCGGAGGAGAACAAGCAAAGACUGGCUGAUGCGUCCUGCCUCCUUAAACAUAUGUCCACAAGCAGCGAGGAGGGGAGUCCAAACCAGACUGCCCCAGUGCUCACUAAAUCUGGGGUCACGUUCUCGGCUGAAAAGCUUGUGAGUGAAGUUCCCUCUAUGACCAUUCUGGACAAGAAAGAUGGGGAGCAAGCAAAGGCCUUGUUUGAAAAAGUUCGGAAAUUCCGUGCCCAUGUGGAAGACAGUGACUUGAUUUACAGGCUGUAUGCCAUUCAGACAGUCAUCAAAACAGUCAAAUUCAUUUUGAUCCUUUGCUACACAAUGACAUUUGUUGCCUCUAUAGAUUUUGACCAUGUGUGUGAGCCUGAGAUAAAGCAUUUGACUGGAUACACUAAAUUCCAUUGUACACAUAACAUGGCUUUCAUGUUGAAGAAGCUACUUGUCAGCUAUAUUGCUCUCAUAUGUGUUUAUGGCGUUAUUUGCAUAUAUACAUUGUUUUGGCUUUUUCGUCGGCCACUAAAGGAGUAUUCCUUUGAAAAAGUCAGAGAGGAGAGCAGCUUCAGUGACAUUCCUGAUGUUAAAAAUGACUUUGCUUUCCUCCUCCACAUGGUCGAUCAGUAUGAUCAGCUGUACUCAAAGCGUUUUGGAGUUUUUCUCUCAGAAGUGAGUGAAAACAAACUUCGAGAGAUCAGCCUGAACCACGAGUGGACCUAUGAAAAGUUGCGACAGCAUGUAACACGCAAUGCUCAAGAUAAGCUGGAACUUCAUCUUUUUAUGCUUUCUGGAGUUCCGGACGCUGUGUUCGAUCACACCGAUUUGGAAAUCCUUAAACUAGAACUAAUCCCAGAGGCCAGGAUAACUGCUAAGAUCUCACAAAUGGUAAACCUCCAGGAGUUGCAAUUCUAUCACUGUCCAGCCAAAGUUGAGCAGACUGCUUUCAUUUUUCUUCGUGAUCACCUACGGUGCCUUCAUGUCAAAUUCACAGAUGUCGCUGAGAUUCCUAGCUGGGUAUACUUAUUAAAAAGCUUAAGGGAACUAUACCUGAUUGGUAACCUGAACUCUGAAAACAAUAAAAUGAUUGGACUCGAGUCUCUCCGAGACCUCAGGCACCUAAAGAUCCUGCAUCUCAAAAGCAACCUAACAAAGGUUCCCACAAACAUAACCGACCUGUCCCCACAUCUUAUCAAGUUGGUCAUUCAUAAUGACGGUACAAAGCUUUUAGUCCUGAAUAGUUUGAAGAAAAUGAUGAAUCUCGCAGAAUUGGAGCUUCAUAAUUGUGAGCUGGAGCGAAUCCCCCAUGCCAUCUUCAGUUUGAACAACCUUCAGGAGCUUGAUCUCAAAUCCAACAAUAUUCGUACCAUCGAGGAGGUCAUCAGCUUUCAGCACCUGAAGAGACUAACGUGCCUCAAACUUUGGCACAAUAAGAUCAUCAACAUUCCCCUGUCAAUCAGCCACGUCAAAAACCUUGAGUCACUCUAUCUCUCGCACAACAAGCUCGAGUCUCUACCCUCUUCAUUAUUCACCCUUCUGAAGUUGAGGUACCUAGACGUUAGCCAUAACUCCAUAGUGGUGAUACCGCUGGAGGUUGGCUUUCUGCAGAACCUCCAACAUUUUGCCAUUAACAACAACAGAGUCGAGGUCGUCCCAAAGCAACUGUUCAAGUGCAACAAGCUGAGGACCUUAUGUAUCAGCCACAACUGCAUCUCAUUCAUUCCGGAGAAAAUUGGCCAACUUUCACAGCUGGCACAUCUGGAAAUGAAGGGAAACUGCCUGGAUCGUCUGCCCGUCCAGCUCGGCCAGUGCUGCCUCCUCCGCAGGAGCUGUCUGAUGCUGGAGGAUCACCUCUUCGACUCUCUCCCCAUGGAGGUCAAAGAGAGCAUCAAUCAGGAUUCCAGUGUUUCUUUUACAAAUGGGUGCAAGUGUCUAAGUGAUGGGCGGUAGUGACAUUCUACCUGGGAUCAUAUGUUGUACCAUUUCAUCUUAGUCUUUUAGGUCCUGCAUUGAGAAGCACUAGUUCAAGGUACAGUGUUGUAGGCAAUACUUGCUUUGCCUAUGCUUCAUGAUGUUUUAGGAGCAUACACAUGAACACACCACAGCAUAUACAAAGUCAAUACCACUGGAGAUAUUUUAGAUAAACAGUAGACAUUAUCACAACUUGUAUCACCUCUUUGUUUUUAUUUAUAUAGUUCUCAGUCAGUGUGGUUGUACAAAAGUAGUUAAAUCACUCAGUUUAUAUUUUUUUAAACCUUUGUUUGCAAUAUGUCUACAGGGAAAUGUUUAUAGUUUCCCCUUUUUGAAGUACAAUUUUAUUAGGUUUUCUUCAAACUAACUGGGUUGUCUAAUGUGCUUGAGCUCAGCUUAAAGGUUUGGUUCACUCAAAUUACAAAAAGUAGCAAUGCAGGUAACUUGCUGCCAAGAUUUUGUCCAUUUUGAUUUGAUUACAUUUGGUCCCCCCAAGUAUUGGGCCUCGGUGCUCCCAACAAUAAAAUAUUACAUUUGACAACUAUAAACAGCUGCAUUUCUUUUCAGGAACAAUGGUCCCAUUACAACCUCAUUGCAGUGUUUAUGACAGCUGCCUUACAUGCAGAAAUAUUAAUAUUAGUGAGGUCUGUGAAUUAUCCACAGCUCCCUAGAUAUUGUUCAAGAAAUUCAGUGUUGUCAGCACCUCAAACAUGAAUGUAUUCACAUUCAUUCUCUUGGAGUAGAGACAGAAAUCUUAGAGACUGAUAUCUCACAUCUUAGACAAGCAAAUCAAACCUACUUUCAUGAGAAUAUUUUCCUCAUUUGGGCGAACAGAUCCUUUAGAGAACACUCAACCUCUUUAACAGUAUCCUUGGGACCCACUAAAAUAUAUUAUGCCAGUAGUUUCCAUCUGGUCUAGCUUCAGGGCCCAAGACAGACAUCCGGUCUGACAUCAACCAACUUUACAAUGAAUCUGUAAACAUUAUUUCCACCCAUGCACUCUGCAUCUUCAUGUUGUGAAGGGGCAUAGCUCACCACACUGCCACCCUUUGGUGUUAUAUCACAAAAAAGUAACCAAAAUAACUUAAGUGCAGCUGCGUAAAGCCCAAAUAUUUAAGUAAAAAUAAAAAGAAGCUUUGUACAUUAACAUUAAAACCAUUUCAGAAGCAGUUACCAGCGAUUGGGCAGUAUUAAGCUGACUGGAAACUACAGCAUAACAUAAACAGGCCUGACAAAAAGAAAAGAUUGAUACAACAGCUGCAGUGCAAUAGAUUUUAACCCCAAAACUUCUACAUUUCAACUUGUAUGAUUACAGCCACAUGCAUUCCAGUUUGAAUACACUUGUAAUGUCUUUAUUUUUAUACAAUUAAUUUGACAAACAGAGUAAAUUGGAGUUCUGUUUCUUGUUCACAGGCCAACUCACAAUGAUGCAUUUUAUAUUUUUUAUUUUCGCGCCCAUGUUUUACUAUGUUUGAUUCUUGUAAACAAUAUUUAUGUAUUUUUUGUGUUCUUUGUAUGUAAUCAUGACCUCAUUGUCUUGUAUCUGUCUUUACACAGCCGUUUGUAAACCUGGUUUUAACAUUUUCUAUACAAAUACUGGUUUUAUUAUACAACUAUUACCAUUAAAAGUUAGAAAUGAAGCAAAAAUUGCACUAUAAUUGUUUUUGUAACAUAAAAACAUAAUUAUGAAAUAUUCAGUAUACUUAUAAAGUUGAGCCUCGAUGCCUGGAACACCUGGCAGAUUUAUUUAUUAUCAAAGAAAGUGCAGGCAAAAAAGUUCUCCUUACUUAACAUGAAAACAGUAAACAUGCUGCCGGACAUCCCAAACUCUUAAGGGAUCACGUCACAACGUUUGGUUGUGAAACCUCAUUCAUUUAACUGAGGUUUAUAAACAUUGUGACCAAUACUAUCUAUGCACUACACUCACUGAAGUGUUUCAUUAGUGGAGAAUUAUGUGGCGAACCAUAAUAACCAGAUGUAGUUAUUUUUUCUAUGCUUUGUUACUAUCAAAACUAUAAAUUUGAAAUAAUCAACUACAGAACAAAAAUUUACCAUAUAGUAUUUUGAAAGUUAGCAUUAAAUUCUCAGUCAGGUGCAGCUUUGCCAACACUUUUGUCCCUCUACCCCACAGCUAUUUGUAUCACAAUAGUCUCUAUGUGAAAAUGACAUGAAGCGUUUUAGAACUUGGAUAUAGCAUGACCUGGAUGACUGAGAUUCUCCACAGACAUAUGACAUGACGCAGUGUAACACACAGUGCUCCUAUACCUAACUGUCUCCUGUUCAUCCAGUUCAUACUUAUGAAUGACUCAUCAUUUCAGGGGUACAUUCUGUAAGUGUAGGAUGACUGGACCAUCACAACUGUGUUGUAUUUCACUUAAUAUAAUAAAACCCCUCUCUCUUGCUGAUCGUGUGUGUGCGACAGAGGGAGAGCUGUGAGCAUAUAGGAAUUGUGGGAAAUCAAAACAUUUCAAUGGAAUAAAUAUGAGUUAUGAAUAAA